UUGUGACGGACACUCGUCAUCGACUGACAGACAAGAUGGCGAGGCGAGAGCGCAGCAUCGUUGAAUACUUUGCAGAACAUGAACGCUAUCGUUGCGGAUAUUGUGGGUCACCCGACACAAAUUAUUCACACGGCAUGUGGGCUCAUGUGAUGACAGUACAAGACUAUCAGGACCUUAUUGACAGAGGCUGGAGACGGAGUGGAAAGUACAGCUACAAGCCAACAAUGAAAGUUACAUGCUGCCCCCAAUAUGCUAUUCGGUGUGAUGCUGUCAAUUUCCAGUUGUCAAAGUCACAAAAAAAAGUAAUUAAAAGAGUGAACCGGUUCCUCAUCACGGGUCAGAGGCCAGGGGAGAGCACUGGACAAGGGGAAGAUAGCCAGAAUGUGGUGGCGGAAGGUCCAUCAGGAGAUAACUUUAUAGAACCAAAGAAACCAGUAGAUUUAUCUCUCACUACCAACGAUGUCAAGAGUGAAAGAACUGCACCUGCCAAGAACUCUUUGUUGUCGACAUCAUCAUCUUUGAGAAUGACGAGUCAGCCAGAAAGCACUGGCAGCAGUUCUGAGAAUUUCAUACUAACACAAACCUCAGGACAAAGAAAAGGGAAAACCCUGAAGUCUUCACCAAAACCAGGCUGUGGGGCAGACAAGAGUAAACCCCCUUGUAGGAAAGCCAAACUUAUUCGCUUGGAACACAAAGAGCAUAAGACAGGAAAGGCACCAGUUUCUAUCAUCAGUAGCAAGAACAAGACCAAACCACCCAAGGCGCUGGAAGACUUUCUGAAUGAACCUCAACGAGCAGAAAAUCCAGCUCAUCAACUGGAGGUGAAACUGGUUCGGUCAAAUCCCAAAAGUCAGGAUUUUGUGGCUUCUAAUUUUGCGGCACAUAGGGUGUACCACAAAUACCAGACUGUGGUUCACAAGGACCCACCUGAAAAGCCCAACCUGAAGCAAUACACACGAUUCCUUGUUGAAUCACCACUUCAGGCCCUGAUGCCAGCACCUGGAGAGCAUGGCCUGACCCAUGGCUAUGGCUCAUUCCACCAGCAGUACAUUCUGGAUGGGAAGAUCAUUGCUGUAGGGGUGGUGGACAUACUGCCUUUCUGCCUGUCAUCUGUCUACCUCUACUACGACCCAGACUAUGCCUUCUUAUCUUUAGGGACAUACUCUGCACUGAGGGAGAUAGCAUUUGUUCGAGAGAUGCAAAAGGUGGCACCACAGCUUCGGUUCUACUAUAUGGGUUUCUACAUCCACUCCUGUCCUAAAAUGCGAUACAAGGGCCAGUUCGUCCCUUCACAGCUGCUGUGCCCAGAAACAUACACCUGGAUUCCCAUUGAGAAAUGUGUUCCUAAACUAGACAUCAGCCGCUAUGCCCGACUAGAGGAUACUGGCAAAGAAGACUCAGAAGGUGACAUUGAUCUGGAUCGGGUGCUGGUUCUCUAUGAAGGGGAGAUAAUGCCAUAUGAAGUGUAUUGCUCUAUAAAUCCUGGUACAAAUGAUGCAGACAGCGUAAGAGAGUAUGCCACUUUUGUGGGACGGACAUGUUCCCAGCGUAUGCUUUUAUUCCGAAAAUAGCGGGGAAUCCUACAGUGUUCUGGACAAUUAGGCCUAAAUGAAACCUUUAAAAGAAAGCCAUGCUUGUUUGAGUGAUCUGAUGUCUAGGUCUCCUCAGAGAGCUCAAGAGAAGACGUGCAUUGAUGUGAUAUUGUAAUCUCUGUGAUAUAUUGUCCUACCGCUCUUGUAUUUUAAGCAUACAGUCCAGAGCAUUUUCAUGUUGUGGAAUGAUUAUCAUCAUAAAGCUGAAUCUCCUUCUCUUGCUUUACUAAAGUAUGCUGCGAUGUUGAUGAUGUCUGACCAUUGUAAAAUGCUUGGCUACCAACAGUACUUAUCCUCACCAGUGCCAGUAUAGAAUUUCUGUGCUUUUGCUGCUUGUUCAUAUUCUUUCUCUGAGCUCUUGUUUCUGUAACUUUUUAAAAAAAAUACUUUAGAUACUUUGCUGUUGAAAUAACCUAACUUUUGGACCUUUUGCAAAAUCUCAAAGGUAAACCGCUUUAAAGGUCAUUUAAUGUUUAUUUAAAAUAAUCUUGUUCCAUGGCUUUGUGUUGAUUUGUAUCAUCAGAAGUUAGUGAACAGUAUUUUGUGAAAAUAUUUUGUCUGAUAAUAAUAUGUAAUCAAAAUGCUCCUUUUGUAUCAUGCUUUCCAUGUUUGAAAGCAAGCUCAGUGAACUUUACAAGAAGAUUGAGAUAAGAAAAACAAAAUGAAUUGUAGUCAAAGACAGAUCCUGAUUCAUGUAAGUGGAAAGAGUAAAAACCAUAAGAAUCCCUUUAUUAUUGUCAUAUGUGUUUUAGAACUAUAAGUAACAUCAUUUCUGUAUAAACAUUUUUGCUAAUUUUAUUUAUCAAGGUGCAGAGUAUUAGUUGGUGUUGAUGGAGGGGACUCAGAAAAAGUGUAUUUAAGAGAUAUUAAUUAGCAGCAGUGAGCAUAAACUUGUUAUGAUUCGUGAUUUAAAUGGCCAGAUAUGAGUUUUUUCUGACAUUAGCUUAGCUAUUUCUUUGUUAGCAAUUUUUAGUGAUGGCUCACAUACUCUGCUUGAGGUCUUUCUUUCAGACUUGAGUUUUCUUUAAAUUCUUUAAUUUGUAGUCUGUGUCAGACCUUCAGUGACAUGUCAGAGAGUGGUAAAAGACUGUCACAGCAUGCAACAGCAGUUUUGUAUCAUUAUCACUUGAAUUUGCUACAACUGCUGACUGGCAGAAAUACUGUAGACAUUAUUAAUUACCAUAGAAGUUACACAUAUAAACACUGUGGACUGUGUGUGUAAGCCCUGUGGCCAUGUGUGUUAACACUGUAGAUUCUGUGUGUAAAUAUCAGGAGCCAGUCAGAUUUGAGAAGCUUGUUUCUGUUCUCUCACUCAUGUAAGAAGAGCACCAGUGACAUUAACUGUUUCUUGCAUCUCAUGUCCACACAUUUAGGCAUAGUCUUCUUGUGUUCAAUUAGCUUUUUGUGUUUUGGACCAGCAAAUGGAUGUCAGCUGCUGGGGAUACUUUUCCCUCCAUCCAUUUCUUGGUUGUGGUGUAACACCACAAUUCAUUUAAUUUCACUUACAAUGUAUACAAGAAAAACUGUAUCCUCUCAAUUAGUAGUUGUUGUCACUUGCUUACCAUGACAUUUUGUUGUUCAGUUUGUUUGUUUUUGAAGGAAGUUUGGUGUAACAAAGAUUUUUAACAGAUCGGAGAUAUUUGGUCGCAUCUAGUUUCAUUUAUAUCUUGCACUAACUAGCAUUGGCCAUUGUUAUAGUGUGCAGUUUGGUGUCUACAGGAUUUGUGCCUACAUGUCCCUGGUGGAUAUACCUGUCUGUAACUGCUUUAUCAGAUCAGUUUGCAUUAAUGAGCUUCAUUAUGUAAUAGAAGCUUUUCCUGGUAACAUAUUUCAGUGUAUAAAUUGUAUAUCUCUAAUAAGUGUACAUGUGCCAGUAUACUGUGGUCAAAUUUUGAUGAUGCCUAAGUAACCCUAAAAGUCAAGGCAUCAGAAGCCCUUUAAUGUCGACAUUGUUCCUGAUCUUGGUUAUUACAAUAUAGAAGGAAGUGUGCAUGUUUGCAUUUUUUCCCAAAAAUUUAUACACUGCUAGAAGUAGAGGUAUUGUGUAUCAGGCAGAAGUGUAACACCUUAUGGAGUGCAUUCUUGGUUACAUUAUUAGUCACGAGUUACUGGAAUGUUUCAGGGGGUUACAUCCAUCCAAAUUUCAGAAAUAAUAGUAUUGAUAAAUCAUGUCUACAAUAGUGGUAAAGCUUAUUUGAUGUGUGCUCACUUUGACAGAAUCAGAGAAGUACUAUGGGGAGAAAACUGAAUACACAGAUCAGAGAUAGUCUCUUAAAAAUAAAAAACCAAGGUCAUAGAUACGGCAUUAAACAAGACAAACUGACACAGGAGAGAGACCCUUCUAAAACACUUUACAAGAUUUGUGAUUUACAAAGACAACCAUACUCCAAAUGUUAGGGAAGAAUAAAAAAAUACCCAAAAUAUCAAGGACAAAAUAUGAUAUAUUUAGGGAGAAAAAGAAGCAAGAAUAUUAGGCCAAUAAUAUAAAAAAAGACAAUUAUUAACUGCAUUUAAUGCAAACAGAGAUGGGUUACAGACCUACAAGCAUCUGUUUUGCUAUAAAAUGACCCAUGUGUCAUUCUGCUUGACAAGCUUUGUUUACUAACAUGAUAGUAUUAUUGUCAAAAUAUGAUGGUGAUGGAAAUCUUAUGUUCUAGGUAUCUUUGUCUGGUGUGAUUUGUCAGAAAAAUACUUUGCAAUUUACUCAGAUCUUUGUAAUAAAUCUAUAAAGAAC